AUGACUGGCCCUGCCCUCUUUCGGAGUAAUACGCAGCAUCCCAGGCCGCUGGGUCGCGGUGUGCUGAGAGUGAAGCAGCCCGGAUCAUGGCGCAGUGAGCGUUCUAACCAAAAACUUUUAGGCGAUGCAACCUUUGAGCAUCACCCGCUGCACACUUGCCUCAGCAAGCAGGACAUGGCGCUGGUGUGGGUGGGUGGUGGCUGACUUCUCGUCGACUUCAGGCACUCGGUUUGCCGUCAGAGCCAAGCAACAGCUUCAUCGUCGUCCUCUGACAGGUAACGGCUCUCGGGCCAAAGAAUCUCUUUGUCCUCUGAUUCCCUCGUCUUCCUGUUAA